CCGGGGUCGGCGCAGAGCUGCUGGGUGUGAGGCCCCUCCCUCCCUGACCGCCUUCCGUGGCAGCGGGCAAGGGGCUGGGAGGGCUGGCUCCGCCAUGCGAUUUCGGGCUAAGAUUGUGGAUCUCGCCUGCCUUAAUCACUUCAGCCGUAUAAUUAACACAGUCGCCAAGUUAGCCAAGACCUGCAUCCUGCGCCUUACCGUCUGCAAGCUGUAUUUCAUCCUUUCCGAUAAAGUAGCAAAUGGAGGCGCCAGUAUGUGGUGUGAGCUGAGCCAGGGGAAUUUCUUUGAUGAAUUUCAGAUGGAAGGAGUAGCUGCAGAGCACAAUGAAAUCUAUUUAGAGUUUGUGCCUGAGAACCUGUGGAGAGCAUUAAAAACUGCCCAGAGUGCUAAGGCAGUGAAGAUCAAGUUGACUAAUAAACACUGUCCCUGUCUCAGAGUUGCUGUGGAGCUACCAUCCUUAUCAAGCAGCAGCAGGAUUGUGACACAUGACAUUCCUGUGGGAGUUAUUCCCAGAAGAAUGUGGAAUGACUUCAGAGAGCCCAGUGUGCCAGACUUUGAUGUCAGUAUUUACCUACCAGUGCUGAAAACAAUGAAGAGUGUUGUGGAAAGAAUGAAGAAUCUCAGCAAUUUCAUUGUGAUUGAAGCAAACUUGAGUGGUGAAAUGAACUUGAAAACAGAAACUGACUUAGUAUCUGUAACAACACAUUUUAAAGACCUGGGAAAUCCUCCCUGGGCAUCAGAGGAUGGAUGUCAAAGUUCUGCUCAAGGCAGAGAUCUGGAAAGUAUGGCUGAAGCAUGCAUAGACAUCAAGAAGCUGCAGCAGCUGCUUGCUGGACAACAGGUCAAUCCUACAAAAGCAUUGUGCAAUAUUGUACGUAAGAGAAUUGUCCAUUUCAUCUUGCUCCAUGAGGAGGUUUCACUUCAGUAUUUUAUUCCAGCAAUUGCCUGAGUGUUUUGGAAUCUUGGUCAUUUUCCAAUCCGAGGCCUCUUUCAUGAAGUCUGAAAUCUUUCCUGAGCUGCUGGAGUGUUUUGAUGUGAGACACUGUUAGACGCAUCCAUCAGAUGGACAUUAUUUCAAUAUUUAUGAAAGUGUUCAAAAUACCUCCUCAUCCAGCCAGCCAUGUUUGUGAAUAGUUACAUGCUAUGAAAGACACAAUGCUGGGGAGCAUUGGUAUAUCUUACUCUUAGGAGGAACAAAACUGAAAUUUGUCUUAGCCACAGCUCAAAACAUCCCAAAAGCACACUGAAUUAAAUACUUCAGUCUUCUCAAAAAACUAAAAAAAGGUAGAAUUCACCUCUGGAGCUGCUGCUGUGUGUAUUCAGUAUUGAGCAAUGCAAUCCAAGUUAAGGGAUCUCUGAGCAAUCUUAUCUUCCCUCCAUGAAACAGGAGAACCUUCUGGAGGGCUGCCUGACUGGUAUUUGCCUGGACAAGUAUGCAGAGCCCUCCUGAAGUGGUAUGGAAUUGAAUUCUGUUCCAGUAGGAGUCUUUUGAUUGCACUUGCUCCAACAUAUCUCAGUAGAUCUGUUCAUGCUUACUCUUUGUUUAACUCUUGGCCUGGGAGCAUGAGCAAAACAGUCUGGAUUACUUUGUUAAUGUGGGCAGUGAAAAUCACUAUGUACAGAAUGAAUAUCAUAUGAGGACAUGUGUAAGCACAGCAGUUGGUGUGAAAUAAAGAGCCAGUUAUCUGUGGAUCACAUUUUUUCCCUUUCCAGCUAGAAAACAUUGUACAACCUUUGUCGUCAUGGUGUCAGACAUGGUAAGAUUGUGUGUAGGCUCUCAUGCCAAGCAGCCAAGAGGAUGACUGAAUUUCACUCAUAGGAGUACUGCCCUUGCUUCUACCUCCUGGUUAUUUUCUGAGGUCUUUUCCUCCUUAUUCCAUGUGUGAUUUAUUUGUUACCCUGGCAUGUUCCGUACAGCUUUUGAUUGUUUUAGUGAUUGAGUCUGUGCUGCCAAAUGAGACUGGGAGUUUCUUCCAGAAAGUAGCUUGUCAUGGUCAGAAGUGCUGGGUUUUGAUGGUUUGGGUUGUUUUCAAGGGGCAUUGACAUUAAGGGAGCAAUGAAUCUUUUGUCCAUGGAAAUGCAAAUGCUCAAGAGAAGGCUAAGGAGAGGCAGUGGCAAUGAGAAGGUAGAAUAGACUUGCAGUGAUGAGUGUGUUGACUGACUGUUUAUAGACCUUUCUACCCAUUCCCUCUUUGUUGCUCCCUGCUCUUCCCUGCCCUGCACAUUGCCUCAUUAGUUGUCAUAUUUCCACCAUGCUACGGUUUGCAUCUUUACUAUUUGCAAAAUCCCAUUUUGCCUAUGUUGUGAGUUGACCUUGGUAAGCAGCCACUCACUAACUCACACCUAGUGGGAUGGGGGAGAGAAUUGGAAGGAUAAAAGUGAAAAAAAUCAUGGGUUGAGAUAAGGACAGCUUAAUAGGCAAAGCAAAAUAUGGAAUUCAUUCACUGCUUCUCAUGAGCAUAGGUGUUUAACCAUUCCCAGGAAAGCAGGGCUCCAUCAUGCAUAACACUUGGGAACACAGACUAUAACUCUAAAUGCCCUUUUCUUCCUCCUCCUUUUCCCUGAGAUGAACGCGAUGCUGUAUGAUACAGAUAUCGCUCUGGUCAGUUGAGGUCAGCUGUCCCAGCUGUGUCCCUACCAAUUUCUUGUGCACUCCCAGCAUAUUUGCUAGUGGGGCAGUAUGGGAGUAAUGCCUUGAUGCUAUAUAUAUGCUGUUCAGCAAUAAUAAAAACAUCGCUGUGUUAUCAA